AUGGCUGUUGAAAAGUACGAAUACCAAGUGAAAGUGAGCUCUGAUCUCUUUGCUCCUUUAAUAUGGCCGCGUGAAGCAGUUAUGCUUUUAAGCGAAAGUGAUGCUACAAUCAGCUUUCGUUUCAACGAGGAACAGCUAGUUCUUCCUUUUGGCCGUUUCUCAGGCCUACCAUGGUCAUCACCUUUUGGAAAUUCUAUGCUUUUUGGGUUAUUAGGUUCUGGUGGUUUAAAGUUGUUGGUAGAGUUUGAGAAUCGUCAGGAUUUAAUCAAAGUUCAUGAAUUACUAAAGCGUAAAUUUUUAGCGUAUGCACAAUUUCUGCCACCAGAAAUGGAAUUUGGACAAAGUGCAUGUAGAAGAAUGAGCACCAAAAUGUUUAUAGACAGGGAAAGAAGUGUAAGAGUUCCAAAUAUCGAUUACAAAGAUGUCAUAGGCAAGCCCUUCAAUUGUAUAGCAAUUUUAACUCCAAUUUAG